CCUUCGUGCGAAUUAUAUGUUCAUUGCAGACCUAGUAAUCGGCCAACGCAGACGUUGUCCGAGUCUUAAAGUGCGAAUAUUUUUCGAUAUAAACAAAUGAUAGUUUCAAUUAAUAUUUAUUAAAAAUUAAAAAAAAAAAAAAAAAAAAUGAAAAAAAUUGUCGAGCGAACGUUCGAUAAAAAGAAAGAAAGAAAUACACUUUAAAAAUAUUCAUAGAUCACACAAUAAGUUCUUAGGGUGAUACUAAUCGACGCCAAGUUGGAUUUUGCGCAAAGAAAGCGACCACCAGUCAAGUCAGUCCUCUGUCCCUCCUCUGGUUACUGAGGGAGAGUACUUUAACAGAGAAUGUAGAUACCUGUGUACGUAUACGUGUAUGCGCGUGCUUGUGUACGUGUGUGCGUGCGUAUGCGUCAAACUGUAGACUGAGUCGAUGAUACGAGAUGUAUCGGACAUACGGAGACUGAGAAAACGUGGGAAAAUAUUCGAGAGGUUUUUCUACGAAAUAGGAUCUCUCUCAAGGUCACUGCGAUACGUUUGUCCUCGAAAAAUAUGUCCGAAGUUCUUCCACUCAUCGUAUCGGACGAGACUACGUCUGACAUCGAUCCUCGUAACAUGGUCAAUCUCGAGGUAGGAUUGCCUGGGGACACCUGGUGGUAUCGUGUAGAAAGGGAACGAUUGGCUAAAAAAUCUGAAUGCUUUCGUGCAAUGCUUACGGGACCCAUGGCACCAGAACGAACCGAUCCUCCUCCGCUUUUAACCAUAAAACAUAUCGAAAAACGAGCGUUUGAUCAUUUCUUCAGAUAUCUGAACGACGAACCCAUUAUCUUUCAAUCAGUAUCAACUGCCAGAGCAACACUCGAUGUAGCGCAUCAAUAUAUUUGUUUAGAUCUCGCACGUUUUGCAAUAAAUUAUCUCGAAGAGAAUUUAGAUUCCUCGACUGUUCUCGAAAUCUAUGAAAAUCUUCAUCUAUAUGCAAAUAGUUUAUCUCCUUCUACGUCUCAAGAUAACGAUACGGAGGAAUCAUCUAAUAGACCUUCAGCUCCGCCAGCAUCUGACGACGACGAGGGUAGUGAAAUAGCUGCAGCCUGUACCGAACUUCUCUUUCGAUGUUUAAAUGUCAUUGAUGCUGAUCCUUCAACUGUACUUCUUCAAGAACGUUUCGAGGAAUUGAAUGUCAAGGAAGUUAAGGAAAUUGCGUGUCGCGAUACAUUGAGAUUACCUAACGAAGCUAUUCUUUUUGCUGCACUCGAUAGAUGGGCUGCAUCGAAUUGUAGAAAACGUGGCGUCGAACCAACAUCAUCGAACAAAAGGGCAUCGUUAUCGGACGAAAUUUGGUACUCUGUAAGAUAUUUACUUAUGACGGAUAGGGAAUUCAUCGAUGGCCCAAUGGCCCAUGGUAUUUUAACUAGCGAAGAGUCCGCUUUUAUAUUUGCCAAAAUUCUUGGACAUCCUGGUAAAGAAGAGAUAAAUAUUUCCAUGAGCAAUCCUUUAUGGAGGCUAACCAAUACACCUAGAAUUGGGACGAUAACGUAUUAUAGUCAAGGUUGUAGUAUGUUAAAAUCAGGUAAGAAGGAACGUCAAGAUAAUAGAAAAAAUCGACGGAAAGAGUGUGCCGGUCAAGCAUGUUCCAGAAUUUGUACCUGUUUCGUGCGCGUCUUAGCGUGCGUAUUCGAAUAAAUCCGAGGAUCGGAAGAAAUCUUUCAUUUUAUUACUGAAUCUCUUAUCGAGAUAAAUAUGAAAAAAGUUUUCAACUGCACUUUUUUCUUCAUUUUGAAUUCGAUAUUAAAAAUAUAGUAAUAAUAUUAUAUACGUAGAAUUUAUGAGAUCGAUAAUAAUCGAAAACAACGAAAAUCGUGGUACUUAGAUCUCAAUCGAUGAAUUUUCUUUUUUUUAUUUUCGAUAUUCCUUAUACAGUGCCAUCGAACGUUAUAAAAAAGAAAAAAAAAAAAAAGGAAAAAAAAUAGAACUUGUAUGUUUUAUAUGACAAUAUUUAUAUGACAGUAAUCGUAUUAUAUUUAAUAAUUAUGUUUAAUUGUUUUUCCGAAAGUUAGUCAGACACUUGAAAAUAGAAAGUACACACAUAUAUACAUACAUAUACAGUAAACAGUUUUAUUGUCAAUUGCCAGAAAGUUAAUAUACAUAUACAUAUACAUAUAUAUAUAUAUAUAUAUAUAUAUACAUAUAUACAUAUAUAUAUAUAUAUAUAUAUAUACACACACAUAUAUUUAGACUACAAUCUCGAGAGCAUUGAAAGAAUGAAUAUUUUUAUAUAUCAUAGACUAAACAACUUUUAUUAUUUUUCUCCUAACAGAAGAAUAAUUAACAAUCUCGAAAUGUUCCUUUGUUUUAUUGUCUUAUUUAUUUCUAAUAAUUGCAAAAUAAGAAACAGACAACUAUAACAUAUAAUUUGAUAAAUAAAUUAAUAAUUAUUCCUAUGUAUAUAUAUAUCGUGCUAUAAUAUCAUAGUAAUCUAGUCUGACUUUGAUUGUGUUCAUUAUUAACUUAAAUUUAGCGAAUUUCCUAUGUAGCCGACGUUAGAAGAAAGUUAGAAGAAAACAAUUGUAAUCGAUCUGAGAAAUAUGCGUACAUUGUUACUUGCAAAUAUAAUCGGCAUAAGCAUAUAUAUAUAUAUAUAUAUAUAUAUAUAUAUAUAUAUAUAUAUAUAUAUA